AUGGCUGCCGGCGGAACAGAUCUAUCCGUCCUGCUAGCGACGAUGGAACCAACUUUAGACCCCACCACCUAUGUCUUCAUCAACACAAUCGAGCCAGUCACCUCGCUACCACUGGCCACUCUCCAACCUCAACUCAUCGCCCAGGAGGCCGAGGGUACCACCAUUGUGACAACGGAAGAACUGGCCUUGUCACACGGCUACAGAGAAGCCGUUUUUCCAUGCAAGAAGAUCUCUCUCACCGUCCACUCUAGCCUCGAGGCGAUCGGACUGAUAGCGGCCAUCACGAACCGCCUGAAGGAUCAUCAGAUCAGCACGAACGUGGUCAGUGGAUUCUUCCAUGACCACAUCUACGUCCCAGUCGGACGCGCAGAGGAUGCGAUGCUAGUGCUGGUGGAUUUAGCCACAGAGGCGAAAAGGCAAUAG